UUAAGAAGCGCUUUGCCUGGUGCUUGCAUUUCUUUAAAAGCGAGCGUAUUUUCGGAACCAGUAUUGCGCGCAAAUAUUUUUGUUUGUAAAGUUGCAAAAGUGAAUAGCGUUCUGCUGUUACGGAAAAUGCGGUCGAUUGUAGUUUUUGGCCUCCUGUAUUUCGCAGUCUACGGCAUGGAAGUAAGUGCUCUACAGUGCUAUGUAUUCCUGCAUUUGUCGACGGGGAACAUCUUCUCCAGAGUGGAAACAUGCGAACUGGGUGAAGUGUGCAUGGUGAAAUUUACCAAGAAAUCAACAAACGCACAAGACAUAGAGCCAUAUCGCACCUGUUGGCGGAUAACCGCCGAACAAAAACUGGGCUGCUCCGGCAUCGGCUCACGUUCGCAUUUGACGUGCUACUGUAACACCGAUGGAUGCAAUGCGGAGUGGGCAUACACAACAGACCAGGUCAACGCGAUGCUUGCGCCAGCACAUCGUCCCACCGUUUGCUGGCUCUCCUUCACUGUCAUGAUGUCCGCCUUAUUGAUGGUUCCCUGAAAAGCAGGCAUAAAUCUCUUCACUUUUGGUAUAAUUAUCAACAUCCGUCUUAAUCCGUGCUACGGGAUAUGCUGUUUGCCUUGUUAAUGCUGUUCGCUUUAUUAAUAGUUCCCUAAUGAACAGGAGUAUAUACUCUGUACUCGGUUUU